UUGGCAAUAUUAGGCAUGGUCUUUUAACACUGUGUCGCGCUAUGUCCGUGACAGAUGACCAUAGACUUAACUUGACAGUAUUUGAUGUAUUCACAUUUCUACACACUCUAUACCCUUUGUCAUUUCAUGAGGUGAAAACGCUAAGGCCACAAGGCAAUGUUUGGGUCCCAGGUCCAAGUCGCUGCAGUUGGCGCCCUGAGAAUGACACCACAACUGAUAAUGGCUGUAUUAUAUCCUGCGUAACAAUGCGUCGGUAUCGUUGGUUGUGAGUGCACACCAUGAGCUAUGUUUUCAUAGAAAUGUAUUGGGUGAAAGUACUGUAUUUGAUGACUUGACUGUCUCUGUGAAAAUAUAGGGCUAAUAAUUUGGGGAAGGGAGACGGACCCACCGAUGGUUCUGAACUUGAGACCUGUGUUUUACGCGACUCAGAAGACGCACAUUAAAAACCUUUGGCUCCCUAACUGGCUACCCCGAAGCUGCACAUUCUAUUACCUGACAUCUUGGCCCACUGUGCAACGUUUCUGGUCUGAAGAAAAUGCACUUUUAAACACUUUAGAGGAAAAAUGCCAUCGGUAAACCCGUGCGCAACGCUCAGUCUUGGAGUUAAACGCUGGCGUGUUGGGAGAGUUGCAACAAAAAACACGAUGCUUCCGCUACUACAACAACUUUACGAUGAGCAAUAAGAAGUUUACUUUCUAGCCACAGCUGGUUUUGGACAGUUUGUCUAUUUCAGCUGCGAUUUUUACACCGUUAUACACGAGGAGAAAACACAAGUGGCACCGCUUGUCGAUUGCAUACAGCGGUCGAGCUGACUAAUUGAGUCUACACAGUUCUCAUGCCGCCUUUAAGGCCAGCCCCCAGCCCGGAGCCGAACACUACUCCCGAGCAUUGAAAUCAGUUGAAUUUACUCGAGCGAUCGGUUCAAACGACAGACAUGGCAGAAGUCGCCCCAGCAGCACCCGCUCCGGCCAAAUCACCCAAGAAGAAGGCAGCAGCCAAGCCCAAGAAAGCGGGACCCAGCGUCAGUGAGCUGAUAGUUAAGGCUGUGUCCGCCUCCAAGGAACGCAGCGGCGUGUCCCUGGCAGCGCUCAAGAAGGCUCUUUCAGCCGGUGGCUACGAUGUAGAGAAGAACAACUCCCGCGUCAAGGUCGCCGUCAAGGGACUGGUUACGAAGGGGACCUUGGUCCAGACCAAGGGAACCGGCGCCUCCGGGUCUUUUAAAAUCAACAAGGCCGCUGAGACCAAGGCUAAAAAGCCUGUCAAGAAAGCCGUCACCCCGAAGCCUAAAAAGGUUGUCGCCAAGAAGCCCGCUGCGGCCAAGAAGCCCAAGAAGGCUGUGGCGAAGAAGCCAGCAGCUGCCAAGAAGUCUCCUAAGAAGGCAAAGAAGCCCGUGGCAGCCAAGAAGGCUACGAAGAGCCCCAAAAAGGCCAAGAAGCCUGUGACGCCCAAGAAGGUAGCGGCCAAGAGCCCCAAGAAGGCAGUCAAGGCAGUCAAACCCAAAGCGGCCAAGCCCAAGGCAAAGAAGGCUACACCCAAGAAGAAGUAAUUUCUUUAAUACAUUUUCUACGUGGCAGUUGCUUUGCUCACUGUCACACACGCACAAACAAAAGGCUCUUUCAAGAGCCACCAACUCUUUCCGUAAAAGCGCAUCCAUUUGUUUCCCUCCACAAAUACUACGUGUAGGCUACAGUAAAACUUGCUUUGAGUAAA